AUGCUGCGAUUGCUGAAACGCAAUUCGGGCCUCGGAAUCGGGCUGACACGCCGGCUACUAAGCACCAUCUGCAAAGCCGGCGAUAAGACAACCGUAAUGAGCUUCGGGGACGGAAGCCAUGGCGCAUUGGGAUUGCCCUCCUCCCUGAUUGGCCUUGGCUCCGCCGCCUACGAGCCCACUCCAAUCUCCGACCUUCCGCCCAAUAUCUCCACCAUCGCCGCCGGUCACUACCACUCCCUCGCCGUCACUUCCGACGGCCAUGUCUGGUCUUGGGGCCGGAAUAACGAAUUCCAGCUGGGCCGUGACCCUCUUUCACCAAGGGGGACAUGGAAUGAGCCCAAAAGAGUAGAAGGACUGAAUGAAGUUAGAGUUCAAAGUGCAUUUGCAUCCGGGGUCAUUUCUGCUGCUAUUGGCGAUGAUGGUUCACUUUGGGUGUGGGGAAAGUCCAAGCGCGGACAGCUUGGUAUAGGAGAAGAAGUUACCGAUGCUGUUUCUCCAUCACGAGUUACCGGACUUGAUGGAGAAGAAAUAGUUAAGGUUUCACUAGGUUGGGGACAUGCGCUGGCUUUGACUAAAUGUGGAAAAUUGUUUGGCUGGGGUUACUAUGCUGAUGGAAGAUUAGGUAAAGUUGGCAGAGAUUUCGAGCCUUCUGCCCUAGAUGCGGCUGCAGGGAAAUCUUUAUCUUCUCAAGGCAACUCGGGUUCAAUGCUUGACGCUGCUGAGAAGCUAGUAUCAGAGAGUAUCGCUAAAGAAAAUGAUAUGCCAAUCAUCUGGGAGCCAUGUUUAAUUGAAGAGCUACAAGGCACUGAAGUUGUUGAUAUUUCAUGUGGGCUUGAUCACUCCUUAAUUCUUUGUCGGGAUGGGACACUUUUAAGUUGCGGGAGCAAUGCUUAUGGCCAAUUGGGUAGACGGAAACUAGAUUUGGGGUUGCUUCCAGUUGACAUAAAGUUACGCCCUCUUUCUGUUGCAUCAGGGAUGGGACAUUCUUUUGCUAUUUGUGAAGAUCACUUAUCAGAAAACUGUGAAGGCACACGGGUCCUUGUUUCAUGGGGUUGGAACAGAAAUUCUCAGCUUGGUAGAGAAGGUAUGGAUAACAUUCCACUUGUGGUUGCAGCACUUUCUGGUGAGACACCGAUAUCAAUAUCUGGAGGGCGGGCGCAUUCAAUGGCCGUGACAGCCAGGAAAGAGCUGUGGACAUGGGGAUGCGGUAGAAAUGGCAGACUCGGGUUAGGCAGCUCAACUGAUGAAACAGAACCUAUGGUAGUUGAUUAUCUUGAAGGUUGUGAAGUACUGCAAGCUGUGGCCGGCUUUGAUCACAGUCUUGUACUUGUUUCUGGCGCGUAA